GGAAGGGGUCACUCUUGGCGGUUCUCGCGUUUCUCCGGGCCCGGUGCUGGCCGCUCCGCCGGUGCUUUGCCCGGGCGUCUCAGUGCGCUCCGGCCAACGGCCUGUGAGAGCGCCCCGGGAGCCGGCGGGCGGCGGCCCUCUCCGGGGACCUCCAGCGGGCCCAGGGGGACAAAAGUGGCUCUAACCAGCAUAUGCACAUUGAAGCAAGUUAAGGAGUUAAUAUGAAGCACAGAAGCAGAUAGUGCCACAUAGCAAGCAGUCGUUGGUACACAUUUCUGGAAAAGCAGUGUCCGUGUUGUUAUGUACACCUCCAAAAAAGUUCAGAUCUGUAGGGGAAUUGUGUAAAGUAAACUGAACUACAGGGUAGCAGUAUUUUAUUAGCUAUUAUAGACGUGUAUUUACUGUAUUAAAAUGAGUAACAGAACAAGCAGUGACACACCUCUAGGAAGAGUGACUGGGGCAGCAUUUCCCUCUCCCACUGCUGCUGAGAUGGCAGAAAUCAGUCGAAUUCAGUAUGAGAUGGAAUAUACCGAAGGUAUUAGUCAGCGAAUGAGGGUCCCAGAAAAAUUAAAAGUAGCACCACCAAAUGCUGACCUGGAACAGGGAUUCCAAGAAGGAGCUCCAAAUGCUAGUGUGAUAAUGCAGGUUCCAGAAAGGAUCGUUGUAGCAGGAAAUAAUGAAGAUGUUUCCUUUUCAAGACCAGCCGAUCUUGACCUGAUCCAGUCAACUCCCUUUAAACCUCUGGCACUAAAAACACCACCCCGUGUACUUACGCUAAGUGAAAGGCCACUUGAUUUUCUGGAUUUAGAAAGACCUCCUGCCACCCCUCAAAAUGAAGAAAUCCGUGCAGUUGGCAGGCUAAAACGAGAACGCUCUAUGAGUGAAAAUGCCGUUCGCCAAAAUGGACAGCUGGUCAGAAACGAUUCCAUGUGGCACAGUUCAUAUUCUGCCCCAAGAAAUAAAAUUUCAAGGUUCCAGGCACCGAUUUCUGCACCGGAAUACACUGUGACACCAUCACCACAACAGGCUCGGGUCUGUCCUCCCCAUAUGUUACCUGAAGAUGGAGCUAAUCUUUCCUCUGCUCGUGGCAUUUUGUCGCUUAUCCAGUCUUCUACUCGUAGGGUUUACCAGCAGAUCUUGGAUGUGCUGGAUGAAAAUCGCAGUGUGAGAAGACAAAAUGAAAUACGUUGUGAAAGACCUGUGUUGCGUGGUGGGUCUGCUGCCGCCACUUCUAAUCCUCAUCAUGACAACGUCAGGUAUGGCAUUUCAAACAUAGAUACAACCAUUGAAGGAACAUCGGAAGACAUGACUGUUGUAGAUGCAGCUUCAUUAAGACGACAGAUUAUCAAACUAAAUAGACGUCUACAACUUCUAGAAGAGGAAAACAAAGAACGUGCUAAAAGAGAAAUGGUCAUGUAUUCAAUUACUGUAGCAUUCUGGCUGCUUAAUAGUUGGCUCUGGUUUCGCCGCUAGAGGUAACCUUAGCUCUCAAAAGUACUGUCUCAACAGCUGGAAAUAUAAAGGAUGUACAAACUUCUCUGUCUCUGUCUUUGCAUUGUAUGCCGCUUGAUAGUCCAGGCCCUGGAAACGUGUUUCUUCUAGAAAGCAGGUGGGAAGGACCUGCACUUGCAGCAGUAAAGGUAGAUUCUGUUCUGUCACUGAGCUGUGCACACUUUCAUGCAGUUCUGCAGUAACACUUAAAAUGCUCCCUUUGCAUGUUUUGUAAAUAGGCUCAAGUCGUUUUUUUUUUUUUUAGAAAGAAUUGAUGUUUGGCCUCAUCAGUCUGCACCUAAUUCUCAGAAUGGGAUGGAGAGUACAUAGAGAAUGGAUUUAGAAAAGAAUCUGUAAAAGAAAAACAGUACUUUUGGUCUUGUUUCUCAAACACUAUUAAACAGUUUUGUUAGACAUUUUUGCGUCCACAUUUCAACAUUAACACUUCUGAAGUCGUGGUUUGGUGUAAGAUUUAAGAAAACCAAACCAACUUAUAUUCCAUGGUCAGUACUUCAUGAUCGCCUGUACAGGCUGAAAUAAGUUCUGUCAAUUCCGUUUAUCUAGUGCGUGUGCAGUGUGUACGUUCGUAUUUUCAUUUGAGUUUUGCAGAUGAUUUUCUAUAAAGUCUGUUUUUACUAAGUCCCUGUGUGAACAAUUUAAAAAACUACAGAAUAAGGUACAAAUGUAGUGUAUUUAAUAAACUGUCAGCCAAAGCAA